AUGACUGAGCCGAUCAAAGAUGUAUGUGAAUGGGCAAAAUCAGUUUCUGGAUAUGUCAUUGAAGCAAGAAUCAUAGUGAGUGCUUUGAGUAAGAAUUUCUUCCAGCUAAAGUUUACAUCAUCAACUGUUGUUGACGACAGUGAAGAAGCCAAUUUGGUUUGUAUUUUGAGGCGUUUACAAUCUUUGCGUCAGUAUUUUGAUUUUGAAACCUUCGAGACAACCACUCAUUUGAAAUCUCAACCACUUGUUAGCAAUAACUCUUUUGGUUCAAUUGCUACCUCACCUGUAAAUGUCGAUUCAAUUAAACGAGAAUGUUUUACUCAAAGUAAACCGUUGCCGAAACUAAUGGAGAUGUGUACACCAAAGCGGCUAAAUAAAUCAAGUACAUCAUACCGGUCAUCUAUUGCGUGUUCCCCUAUUGUGUACAAUAGUAAACUUUACUCUGUGGUUACAAAUGAUGAAGACUCACAGACCCAUUUGUGUAAUAAAAAAGACGAAGCACUACCAGGAGAUGGUGUUUCUUGUGAUCCUACGGAAGUAAUUGUCAAACCAGUCACUUCAGUGCACAAAUCUGACAGUUCCCAAAAUCUUUCGGAUGAGGAAGUUCACGAAAAAUCAAUUCAUACUAACUUUACUGUUAGUAAUAGGGCAUUGGAUGUUGAUCUGGAUAAAUCUACACCAGAAAUACCUCGUAAACUAUUUUUGGAUACUUCACCAGUAGUUUGUUUAAACAUAUUAGAACCUCAAAUCAAAGCCGAUCUUAAUGAGUUUGAAGUAAAAACACCUGAGAAUAUCAGAUUAAAUUAUGUUGAAGCUAAUGUUAGCACAAAUGUUUGCGAAGAAAUUGUAGACAACUUGUCAUCAGUGUCAUCUUCUAAAGUUAUUUACAAAUUAACAGAACUUGACAAGAGUGCGAAACAGCUUGCAAAAAUUACUAAAGAACCACAAGUUCUUACAGAAAACUUUGAUUCCAAUAUUUUGAAAAUUCCUAACUUAGCUAAAUCUCCUAAACCUAAUUCUGAUUCAAUAAUAAUAGUUUCAGGAAAACAAGAUGACUCAAACUUACGCACUCGCGAAUCUGAAGUCCCAGAACCUGAUACUUCUCUAUCACUAUCAUCAUUGGUGGGAAAUGACUCUCCACUUCAUAAUGUUCCUCCUAUGUCUUCCUAUUUAAAACUUAUCACUUCUAAAUCCAAAUGCAAAAGUUCACUUUUAACUGGUAGAAGCUUCUGCUCAUCUGCAAACCAGUCUUUAUCUAUUUCGACGAAAAAGCUUUGUAAUAUAUCAGCUUCUUAUCUUCUGGAUAUUUCACCUGAGGGAGUUCGUUGUCCACUUACUCCUGAAGAAUAUACAGUUGUAUCAUUACCCAAACUAUCUACACAAGUUACAUUAAAGGGAAAAACACGAAGAGGUUCCAAACAAUUAACUACUAAGCGCAAGAUCGAUAAUCAAAUAAACGACCAAAUAUUACAUGAACUUGAUAAAUCUUCAUCAUCGUCUAAAACUAUAUUCACAUCAUCUUUGGAAUCAAACGAUUCUUCAGAUGUAGAUUAUCAACCACUUCGCGUUCGACUUGAUUCUUUUAAUUCAACUGAAAGAAGAAGAAGUGCACGAUUGUUAAAUAGAAGUCAAAAUAAUUUAGAAACCGUUACUAAAUUGGAUAUGAAGUCAUCACAAUUAAAAAAUGAUAUUCUAUCCUCAAAUCUUUCACAAACAUCAUUAUCAUCUAUCUCUCAUACAUUGACAGAAACACCUAUAAAUAAACAUAAAAUAAUAAAACCAGUGUCUACAUUUAAAAAGAAAAAAUUCUUUGCUACUACUCGUUCAGAAAGAUUUGAAAAAGAAAAACAACGAUUUCAAAAUGCAUGUGAAAUUUCGAAUGUGAAUAAAAAAACACUGAAAUCAAAGAAAAAGUGUUUAAAAAAUGAAAAUCAGAAGAAAUUAAAAGUAACAGACAAUGAUCAAAGAGAUCAACAAUCAAAUAAGUCUACAUCUAAUCCUCUUCCAACUAUGAAAGAGGCAGUUCAUAGAGCGAUUUUGCCUCAUUCAAUGCCAGUUGAUAGUGAUCAGGACUUCAAUGUGGAGAUCGUGGAUCCUGAUGAUGAAAUCGUCGACUCAAACGAUGAUGAUAUUAUGUCGCGUUCUUGGAAACCAGCUAAAUUGUCUGAUAAACUUAGAGGGUUAUGUACGAAACCAUGUGAUAAAAAUUCUUCACUAGUUUUUAUUAGUCCUCAUAUUGAAUUAGAGAAACGUGGUUCAAAUAACUAUUCACCUCAACUUAGCGAUACUUCGAGUGCUGCAAGUUUGUUUGCAAUGACUCCUCCAAAACAUUUUCCCAAACAUUUUGAAACGGGAAAACGAACUAAUGUUAUUCCACUUACUAUAUUCACAUCAAUCAAUCAGACCAAUAAAGAGAACUGUAAAUCAACUAGUGAAAAACAUAUUCUAGAAGAAAAUUCAUGUGAUAAGAAUUUGUCAGUUUUCAACAUCAUUGAAUUAGAAUCAAACAAACCAAAAGCUCUAAACGAUGAAUGGAAUGGAACUACAGAACAGUUUAAUCGAAAUUCAUUCGACCGAUCUCCUCUACCUGACAGUUUGUAUAAUACUAGCUCGAAAGAAUUGGAAGUAUGUUCACCUAUGAAUUUUGAAACCUUCUUACAACAUGUAACAUUAAUCUCUACAAAAGUUGAAGAAAAUAUAUUAGCCCAUCAAGAACUUGAACAAAGAUGGAUUUCACUUCAAAAAGAACUUUCAGAUUUAAAAUUAAAUAUUCAAGUAACUGUGAAUAAGGAUACAUAUGAAAAUUAAAAUUAGUUUUAUAAAUUUAGAUUGUUUUGAGCAAGUUAUACAGUUCUGUUAUUAUUAUUGAGUACUUCAUUUUAGUCUUUCAGUUGAAUUGUCUUUCUGAUAAAAUUAAUAAUAUUUGACAAUUUAUAUUACAAUGAUUAAUAUUAUUAAUUUUGUUUGAAAGUUUUAAGAAAGAAAUAAAAACAAAAAAUUCUUUAUCAUGGUUCUUUACAGAUUGAAUGUAUUAACCGUUUUCUUUAGUUGAAUUUACCUUGUGA